CGUCGCGCGCGCCCCCGCCUGUGUGCCCCAUUGCCUGCCGGGAAAGCGAGUCCUGUCGCCUUCCCGCCAGCCUUCACGGCACCGUGCUCGGUACUUGAAGUCCCGGCAAGCUCGGCGGCGCUUUCGUCCCGCCUCCUGUCCGCCUCCUCUGCUCGCGAGCCCCGCCCCAGCCCGCCCCGCCCCGCGCCGGGCCGGAGCCGCAGCCCGAGCGGCGGGGUGACCAUGGAGGAGGAGGAGGAGUCUCGAGGGAAGACAGAGGAGUCAGGCGAGGAUCGGGGUGACGGUCCGCCAGACAGAGACCCCACAAUUUCCCCGUCCGCUUUCAUCCUGUGGGCCAUUCAGCAGGCGCUGGGAAGCUCCCUGCAGGGGGAUCUGCCGAAUGAGAAAGAUGGCUCUCGGGGUCAUGGCCUUCGAUGGCGGCGCUGCCGGAGCCCACGGUCAGAGCCCCGCACCCAGGAAUCAGGGGGCACUGACACAGCUGCUGUGGUGGAUGUGGCCGCAGACGGCUUCCUUGCGGGGCUGGUGAGCGUCCCGGAUCCCCCGGACACCUGGGUCCCCAGCCGCCUGGACCUGCAGCCUGGCGAAAGCGAGGACAUGCUGGAGCUGGUGGCCGAGGUCCGAAUUGGAGACAGGGACGCCAUCCCCCUGCCAGUGCCCAGCCUGCUGCCCCGUCUCAGGGCCUGGAGGACGAGCAAAACUGUGUCUCCGCAGCCCCACUCUUCUCGACCCGCCUGUGCCCGCCACCUCCUCACCUUGGGCACUGGAGACGGGGGCCCUGCCCCCCGCCCCGCCCCCUCCUCGGCGUCCUCCUCACCUUCUCCGUCCCCCUCGUCAUCCUCCCCGUCCCCACCUCCCCCCCCACCUCCCCCGGCCCCCCCGGCCCCCCCUGCGCCCCGAUUCGACAUCUACGACCCCUUCCACCCCACCGACGAGGCCUAUUCCCCACCGCCCGCUCCGGAGCAGAAGUACGACCCCUUCGAGCCCACCGGCUCCAACCCCAGCUCCUCAGCUGGGACCCCCUCGCCUGAUGAGGAGGAAGAGGAGGAGGAAGAAGAGGAGGAGGAGGAGGAGGAGGAGGAAGGCCUGUCCCAGAGCAUCAGCCGCAUCUCAGAGACGCUGGCGGGCAUCUACGACGACAACAGCCUGAGCCAGGACUUCCCAGGUGACGAGAGCCCCCGCCCGGACCCCCAGCCCCCGCAGCCAGCGCCGGCCCCUGGGACCCCGCCCCAGGCCGACUCCACCCGGGCCGAAGGAGCCCCCCGCCGGCGCGUCUUCGUGGUGGGCACGGAGGCGGAGGCCUGCCGGGAGGGCACAGUGGCCGUGGAGGUGGUGACGGCCGGCGGCGCCGCCUUCCCGCCCGCCCUGCCGCCGCCCGCCGACUCGGAGAUCGAGGAGGGCGAGAUCGUGCAGCCCGAGGAGGAGCCCCGGGCCGCCCUCACCUCGCUUUUCCGGCCGGGCAGCCGGGUGCCUCGGCCGCCCCCCACCGCCACGGCCGCCCCCGCGGCCCCGCCGCCGCCGCCCCCCGCCGCGCGGGCCCCCGAGGGCGACGACUUCCUGUCUCUGCACGCGGAGUCGGACGGGGAGGGGGCCCUGCAGGUGGACCUCGGGGACCCCGCGCCCGCCCCGCCGCCCGCCGACACCCGCUGGGGCGGCCUGGACCUGCGCCGCAAGAUCCUCACGCAGCGGCGGGAGCGCUACCGCCAGCGCUCGCCCUCCCCGGGCCCCCCUGCCGCCGCCGCCGCCGCGGGGCCGCCCGCCCGCAAGAAGGCCAAGCGCGAGCACAAGCGCGGCGGCGGGGAGCCCAAGGAGGCCGCGCCCCCCGGCGGCGCCCAGCCCGCCCCGCCGGCCCCCGCCGCCGCCUGGGACUCCAAGAAGCACCGCUCCCGGGACCGCAAGCCCGGCUCGCACGCCUCAUCCUCCUCCCGCCGCCGCUCCCGCUCGCGCUCCGCCCGCCGCCGCUCCCGCUCCCGCAGCAAUGAGCGCCGCCGCGGGGGCAGCCGGAGGUCCCGGUCCCGGGAGAAGCGGCGGCGGCGGCGGCGCUCAGCCUCCCCGCCCCCGGCCACCUCCUCGUCGUCGUCCUCCAGGCGCGAGCGGCACCGCGGCAAGCACCGGGACGGCGGCGGCAAGAAGAAAAAGAAGCGGUCGCGGUCGCGGGGCGAGAAGCGGUCAGGGGGUGGUGGGGACAAGGCCUCGGCGCCCGCCCCGCAGCCCCUGGGCUCUGCCGCUGGCGGGGAGCGGGACAGCCGUCGGCGGGGGGCCGUGCCCCCCUCCAUCCAGGACCUCACGGACCACGACCUUUUCGCCAUCAAGCGGACCAUCACGGUGGGCCGGCCUGACAAGGCCGACCCCCGGGGCUCCUCGCCCGCCCCCACCUCCUCGCCCAAGCGCGAGGUCAUGUACGACUCCGAGGGCCUGAGCAGCGAGGAGCAGGGCGGCAAGGGCGGCGAGAAGGACCGGCGCCGGGCGGGAGCUGCCUCCUCGUCCUCUUCCUCCCGGGAGAAGGGGUCACGGCGGAAGGCAUUGGACGGGGGCGACCGGGACAGGGACAGGUCCUCUAAGAAAGCCCGGCCCCCCAAGGAGGCAGCACCCUCCUCGGGGCCCCCACCAAAGCCCCCGGUCAGCAGCGGCUCGGGUUCCUCGUCCUCGUCGUCCUCCUGCUCCUCCCGGAAGGUGAAGCUGCAGUCCAAGGUGGCGGUGCUGAUCCGCGAGGGGGUCAGCAGCACCACGCCUGCCAAGGAGGCUGCGUCUGCCGGCCUGGGCUCCAUCGGAGUCAAGUUCAGCCGCGACCGUGAGAGCCGUUCUCCCUUCCUCAAGCCUGAUGAGCGGGCCCCGGCCGAGCUGGCCAAAGCGGCUCCGGGCAGCACCAAACCCAAAAAGACCAAGGUCAAAGCCAAGGCUGGGGCCAAGAAAGCCAAGGGGACCAAGGGGAAGACCAAGCCGUCCAAGACCAGGAAAAAGGUGCGGAGCGGCGGGAGCGGCGGGGGCAGCGGCCCCGGGAUGCUGAAGAAGUCUAAGGCGGACAGCUGCAGCCAGGCAGCCGGGGUCAAGGGCGCCGAGGAGACCUGGUCUGGCGAGGAGCGGGCGGCCAAGGCCCCCAGCACCCCGCCCCCCAAGGCAGCCCCUCCGCCCCCGGCACUCACCCCGGACUCACAGACUGUGGACAGCAGCUGCAAGACGCCUGAGGUCUCCUUCCUGCCCGAGGAAGCCAUCGAGGAGGUCGGGGGUCGUGGUGGGGUGGAGGAGGAGGAGGAGGAAGAAGAGGAGGAGGAGGAGGAGGAGCAGCAGCCUGCCACCACCACUGCCACCAGCACCGCCGCAGCUGCCCCAAGCGCUGCCCCGAGUGCAGGCUCCACCGCUGGUGACUCGGGGGCAGAGGACGGGCCGGCCCCCCGUGUCUCCCAGCUGCCCACGCUGCCCCCUCCCAUGCCCUGGAACCUGCCGGCCGGUGUGGACUGCACCACCAGUGGCGUCCUGGCCUUGACUGCACUGCUCUUCAAGAUGGAAGAAGCCAAUCUGGCCAGCCGAGCAAAGGCCCAGGAGCUGAUCCAGGCCACCAACCAGAUCCUCAGCCACAGGAAGCCCCCCUCAAGUCUGGGGGUGACACCGGCCCCCCUGCCUCCUGCUCUGGGUCUGCCCUCUGGCCCCUCCGGCUACCUGCUUCCUGGCAGCCUACCCCUGGGGGGCUGCGGCUCAACUCCUCCCACCCCCACGGGGCUGGCCACAGCGUCUGACAAGAGAGAAGGCAGCAGCAGCUCCGAAGGACGGGGGGACACAGACAAGUAUCUGAAGAAACUGCACACGCAGGAGCGGGCAGUGGAGGAGGUGAAGCUGGCCAUCAAGCCGUACUACCAGAAAAAGGACAUCACCAAGGAGGAGUACAAAGACAUCCUAAGGAAGGCCGUCCACAAGAUCUGCCACAGCAAAAGCGGGGAGAUCAACCCCGUGAAGGUGAGCAACUUGGUGCGUGCCUAUGUUCAGCGCUACCGCUACUUCCGCAAGCACGGCCGCAAGCCUGGGGACCCCCCAGGGGCCCCACGGCCGUCCAAGGAGCCAGGGCCCCCCGACAAGGGUGGUCCGGGCCUGCCCCUGCCCCCUCUCUGAGACCCCAGGCACCCCCCACCCUCCCUGGCCUCUUGGAAAAUCUGGACGUAUUUAUGGCUCCACCUCCCCGUUCCCCUCCCGUCAGUGGGAUGAUGGGGGAGGACGGCUGCAGGGAAGAGGGGAGCCCCCAUGCUGGCCCCGCCUCCCGCCCAGCGCCCUGGUUCCCAAGCCUGCCCCAUCGCCCCUUCCCUCUGUUCGUAGCCUUCCCCUCGAUUUCAUUAAAGAUUUCAUGAAAUGUUA